AUGGACCAACAAUUCUCAUUGUCCUGGAAUAAUUUUCACGGGAAUCUCACUAAAGGAUUCGCCGGUUUAUUAGGAAAUGGCGAAUUCGUCGAUGUUACUAUAGCUGUCGAAGGUCAUUUGUUGCAAGCACACAAAGUAAUACUGUCAAUAUGUUCACCUUAUUUCAAGAAAAUGUUUCAAUUAAAUCCAUGUCAACAUCCAAUUGUUGUACUGAGGGAUGUGACUCACAAAGCAAUGAAAGACUUGCUACAGUUUAUGUAUCAUGGAGAAGUUAGUGUGAAACGUGAAGAUCUCACUAGUUUUAUAGGAACAGCUGAAGUAUUACAAAUAAAAGGAUUGACAAAUAAAGAGACUGAAGAAGAUGAAGACAGUGAAAGAGAGCAAGAUUUACCUAAACACAGAACAGAAACUCAAAACAACACUCCUGAUGCAGAGUCAUGUGUGUCAGACACCUACGACACAGCUCUAAAUGAUGAGACAACACAAAACAAUGAACUAGAGCUGUUAAAACAAAGGCAACUUAUAGAAAAACUGCACAGAAUCAGUAACCUUAAGAGGAAAUCCACUGAAUUCCUUCAAAAGAAUUACUUCUCAGACAUACUCAACCCUGAAAAGAGGUCAAAAACAAAAGAGAAAAUUAUCUAUACUCAAAAUAAUCAGAUGUACCAAUCAAAUAAUUACGAGAACAUUAAAAACUUGUAUGAAGAUAACCCAGUGGACAUUUCUGCGUCAUACAACACACAUAUAUCAAAAACCAAUUCACAAGAUUUUAAUGAGAAAAGUAAAGAUCAAUCUCUAUCAGAUAAUGGCUUGGAAAUGAAGACAGAAUGUGAUGAUAGUGAUAUCAUAGUAACAGACCCAGCAGUAUGUUCUACGCCUAAGAAUUAUGAAUCAUCUAGAGAAGGAAAGAAAGAUCUGUCUGUACCCAUAGACUAUCCAUCCCCACAAGACAAUACCAGCUUGAGUUCGUUAUUCAUCGACCUUAAAAACUUAGUGAAUGGUAAGGUAACUAACAAUACACUGAGAACUAACUCAAGUGAAGAAUACCCUAGACCAACGUUGGAGCACCGACUGGUAACUAUCCCGCAAAAGGAAGACGGGAAGAAGAAAUACCCACAGCGUUCAUGUCGUCUUUGUUGGAAAAUAGGACGCAGACGAGACACUCGAUUUAUGUGUAGCGCAUGUGAACUGCCAUUUUGCAAAACACCUUGCUUUGGAAUUCAUUUUAAUGAUGUACUAAGAGUAUCUCAAUUGCAAGGAGAUUAUUACGCAAAUUAA